AUGAAUGGUGCCAACCUGAUCACCCAUUGGUGCCCUUCCAACAUUCUUGCUGCCGAUUUCAAGGCACGGAACUACUGCUUGAUCUUGCUGAAUCAACCUAUUCAACACUUGGAGCGAUUCCAUCGGCUGUGGAUAAACGCCAGUCUUCGUUAUUGUGCUGACGGCGCUGCUAACCGACUCUACGAUGCAUUCAGCGAUGAUGAACAAAAGCGUGAAUUCUAUGUCCCUGAUGAGAUUGCUGGUGAUUUGGAUUCAUUGCGAGAUGAUGUUCGCGAAUACUAUGAGAAAAGGAAUGUCAAGGUGACGCAUUACGAAGAGCAAAAUUCCACGGAUUUUGAGAAAUGUAUCCAAUCACUCAAGGAAAGAGAAGCACAAAUGGAUAAGAUGUAUGACAUUGUUGCCACCCCCACUCUCAGUGGUCGAUUUGAUCAAAUCAUUUCCAACAUCAAUACUCUGUACCGGUUGAAGGAUGAGGUGGAGCGACGGGCUGUGCUUGUGAGCAAUGAGAAUCUUACUGUGUUGCUGGAUAAGGGGACGCAUCAGAUUCAUUGUCAGCCUGAGUAUGAAGGACCAACUUGUGGAAUUAUCCCCAUGGGUGUUCCAGCCACACUUACAACGCGUGGCCUUGAAUGGAAUUUAGAUAAUCACGAGUGCUUCUUUGGAGGUAUGGUGAGUACUUCCAAUCGCAUUGCCAAGGAUGUAAUUGAAAUCGAAACGACAUCACCAGUGGUGUGGACAAUUGAGAUCAAAGAACCAAAUUAG